CCAAGCGCACCAAAUUUCUCACCGUGCACUCUUACCUCAGCCUCCAUUCCCAUUCCUCUCGUCUUCCUCGCUCUCUCGGCGCGGUCCUGAAACCCUAGUUCGUUCUCUAACCCUAGCUAUUGCCCUAGAAUUGGAUACGUCUCUGGUAUUGAUAUCACGCCUCAAGGUGAUGGCAGAUGAGCCUUUAGUCAAUGGAUCCUUAAAUGUGCACAAGGGGGUAUUUUCUUCCAUGCAAGAAGCCCAUUGCGAAGGCGAGGAAGCUUUCCUGAAUGGGGAUCACACAGGCACUAGAGUAGAUUGUGAAAACACAGAAAGAUACUUCAGAUGGGUCUGUCAAGGAUACCCUUUUGGACGAGGAUGAAGGAUACAAAUCUCCUAAAAAUGACGAUCAAAUAGGUGCAGGUACCAAAGAAGAUCAGGUGAAUGUGGAUAAUGCAAAUGGAGGAGAAAGUAUACCUCAUGUAGGGAUGACAUUUACAUCCUAUGUAGAGGCGUGCAAUUUUUAUAAGCAAUAUGCUCAGAAGUUGGGAUUCGGUACAGCUGUGAGAAGGUCCACUUUUACUACAAAUGGGGAAUGCUACCAGUUAAUACUUGUUUGUCACAAGUGGGGGAAGGGCCGAGGAAGUGAACGCUACCAGUCGAGAGUGACAGCAAAAACAAACUGCCCAGCAUCAAUUAGGUUGAAGAGACAUGCUGACGGUUUGUUGCAUUUGGAGAAAGCGAAUACUGAGCAUAAUCACCCUCUAAACCCAUCGAUGAAACGAUACUUGAAAUGCUUCAAAAUACUUUCUAGUGAUAGGGUGAUACGACCUAACAGGUUUGCCCAUACACUCUUACGUGACAGCGGAAGUGAAAAUUUACCAAUUGAUGAAGAUGAGUUAAAAAAUUCAGUUGAAAGAGGCCACUUGAAGAUUGGGCCAGGAGAUAAUGAAGCUAUGCAGCAGUUUUUUACACGCAUGCAGAAGAAAAAUUCAAACUUCUUUCACUUGGUUGAUUUAGAUGAGGAAAGUCGUUUAAGAAGUGUAUUCUGGGCCGACUCAAGGUCUAGGAUUGCAUAUGAGUAUUUCAGUGAUGUGGUUUCAUUUGAUACGACACAUUUGAGUAAUAAAUGCUCUACACCUCUUGUUUUAUUUAUUGGAGUUAAUCAUCAUGGUCAGCCUGUAUUGCUAGGUUGUGGUAUGCUUUCCGAUGAAACCAUUGGGUCUUAUGUUUGGUUGUUUAAGGCUUGGGUAGCGUGUAUGUCGGGGAAGCCCCCAAAUGCCAUAAUUACUGAUCACUGUAAGGCAAUCCAAGAUGCAGUUUCCCAUGUUUUCCCUGAUGUUCGCCAUCGUAUAUGCCUGUGGCAAAUCUUGAGAAAGAUACCAGAAAAAUUGAGAAAUUUUCCAGAGCAUCAAGCUGUUAAGGAUGCAUUGAAGAAAGUAGUAUGUGACUCUUUGACUGUAGAAGAGUUUGAAUGUGAGUGGAAGAAAAAUAUUGAGUAUUAUGGUCUUGAAGGCAGUGACUGGUUUCGCCUGAUUUAUGACAUUAGGCACUCUUGGGUCCCUGCUUUUCUUAAAGAUUCUUUUUGGGCAGGUAUGUCUGUAACUAAUCGUACUGAAAGUAUGGGGGCAUUUUUCGAAGGGCUGGUGCAUAAGGAGAGUCCCUUCAAGCAGUUUAUCUGUAAAUACGAAGCUGCUUUACUAGCUAAGUAUGAGAAGGAAGCUCAAGCAGAUUCUGAAUCACUAAACAAAAGUCGACACUUGAUCUCAAAAUUUUAUAUGGAAGAGCAGAUUUCUAAACAAUACACUCUCAAUUUGUUCAAAAAAUUUCAGGAUGAACUGAAGGCCACAAUGUAUUGUGAUGCUUUGCUGGUUAAAGAGGAAGGAUCAAUCUCUACCUUUGAAGUGAAAGAAUCAGUUUAUAUGGAAGAUGGGAAAAAAACAGUUUAUAAAGAUCAUCAAGUUUUGUACAAUGCAGAUGACCUCCAAGUCCAAUGCAUUUGUGGUUGUUUCCAAUUUAAAGGAUUCUUAUGCCGGCAUGCGCUUUCUGUGCUGAAGUCACAACAGAUAUAUGAGAUUCCAUCACAUUACAUUCUUAAUCGUUGGAAAAAGGACUGCAAACAGUUGUGUGCUUUAGCUCGUUCCUCUGUUGAUGUUGAACUGAAUGACUCAAUGGAUCGUUAUGGUUAUUUAUCCCAACGUUGUCAUCAGCUGAUUGAUUUAGGGGUCAUGUCUGAUGAUAAAUACCAUCUUGCAUUGAAGUUGAUCAAAGAGGCAGAGGAGUGUCUUCUGGACGAGAACACAGGUGAUAGGCGAUUAAAGUUUGCAAGUUGUGCAACCACGUUGAGUGAAAGCAGUGGGAAUCCUUCAGAGGCACAUCCAUUGGAUUGUUCCAAGAAUCCUAAUGGCACACCAGGAAAACGGAGAGGUCGGCCUCCAAAGAAAAGGAAAGAGUCAGAAAUGGAAACUACAGUAGUUGCAAAUCAGGAAAUGCAUUCUCUAAGAACAUCCUUGGUUGGAGAACCAAGUGACAUGGUUAGAUGUGCUCCAACACAUAUUGGCAGUCAUAUUGGGAUUCAAGGCGGCAUCAACCUAAUGGAAGAAAUCUCUCGCAAUGACUUGUCAUUUGGUAGCCACUUUGGAGUACCUAUCAACCAUCAACAUCAUAUUGAUGCCCAAUCAAGGGUGCAACACAAUAAUAUAUUACAGGGUCAGUUCAACCAAGAACCUCUUGGAAAUCAGUCACGAAUGCAUUGGUUCUACCACGAUAUGCUUCAGGAGGAUCAAAUACCUCGGUUGCCCCAUGGCAGAAGACCAGGCCAGUAGUUUAAACAAUAUAUGCAGGAAUAAUUAUCUCCUUCUUGGUCAAAACGUCCAAAACUCUGACGAGUCAGAGAUUACAAAGAAAGAAUACAACCAAUGAAAUCACCACUGCUCCAAUUGCAGCAGUUAAAGUCUUUGUUAGCGUCUCUACAUUCCACGCUUACCAACCGAAGAAGCUCAAGGCUGAGGAUCACGUCGAUGAUUCUGUUCGUCAACUCGAUAUCUGAUGAAUGCAGAGAUUGUUCAUAGCAUCGCCGGAUGCAUCUCCAAUUCGACUUUACUGAGCUGCCAAAAAGUCUCUUCUCUUUUAACUGCAGACUUUUGUACAAGUAUUAAGUGGCUAACUAACUUUUCGAGUGAUCGAUAUGUAUAUAUUUCAAUGCUAUAGUAAUGUUAUGUGGAAUAUCAUCCUUUUGCGAUGAACAAUGGUCGAAUUUGUUUCAGUAAUUAUAAGCAAUUUCAAAAUAGUUUAACUA